AUGUUUUACGCCGUGCCGCUUUUUCUCGCCUCACGGGCCGACCCAGACUGUGUAAUGGUUCGCAUGAAGCAGCAAUGGAUCGCGCUGUGGCACGGUUGGUCGAUCUAUGUCUCACUCUCGGUCGCUGUCUUGCAGCUGCUCACAUCUCCUGCACCUUACGCUGAUCAUCAUUGGCGGCCGUUCGUCCAACUUGGCGUGGAAACCCCUCGUUAUGCCCAGGCUCUUCUGGGCAGCUGA